UGAAGGUGACUGAACGGGCGGUUUUAUUCGCUCUCUCUGUGGAACUGCGAGUCGUCCAGGUUCCGGGGGGUUACAGUUUGGAUUCAGAGGAGUCCAGGUGUACUGACCAGACUGAAUCGCACGGGGGCGAAUCAGGGCAAAAUGUAACGUACGGAAGAGGGAGAAGUCCUUUUGAAAUGAGCCAUGGUUGAGUCAGGUGGCUUUGGCUCGGGAGCACAACAUGGAUGACGCGGAGGAAGGCCGCCCUUCUCCGACGACCUUGGCGGCUGGAGCCCCGCCUCAGGGGGCAGCGGUGAAGCUGAGUGCGCCGUCCCUGUCGGAGACGGGUGCUCAGACGGGGCCGACUUUCGGGGAGGGGGGUUCGGAGGACGCAGCGCGCGGCCUCUCCUCCCCGGGACCGCCCAAGCGAGCAGGGGAGGAGCGGGAGAGACGGGGAACUUACGCCACAGGAACCCGCCGCUCCACGGAGCCGGACCGAGCGCGCUCAGACCGAGCAGGGCUGGAGGAGCCGGACCGAGCGCGCUCAGACCGAGCAGGGCUGGAGGAGCCGGACCGAGCGCGCUCAGACCGAGCAGGGCUGGAGGAGCCGGACCGAGCGCGCUCAGAGCGAGCAGGGCUGGAGGAGCCGGACAGAGCACGCUCAGAGCGAACAGGGCUGGAGGAGCCGGACCGAGCGCGCUCAGACCGAGCAGGGCUGGAGGAGCCGGACAGAGCGCGCUCAGAGCGAACAGGGCUGGAGGAGCCGGAGACAGAAUCCACCGAAGAGCCGCUGCUCUCGGGAGGGGUCGACCAGCCAGGGGGCAGGGAGGCAGGAAGAGGAGCCGGGACCACGGCCCAGCGGGACCAGGACGCCGAAAACAAGGGCCCAGCGAGAGAGGGGGAGGGCGGGAGCGCGGACGCCAUCGCGGAGGAGUGCCCCGUGUGCACCGAGCCCCUGGGUGCCCCCGGUGGUGGCGGGCGGGCGGCGCUGCACUGCGGCCACGCAGUGUGCCGGGCCUGCCUGGCGGGGAUGCUGGGCCGCUCGGCGGACCCCACGCGGCUCCGCUGCCCGCUCUGCCGCCAGAGCACGCCGCUGCCGGCCUGGGAGAUCCGCCGCAUGCAGGAGGAAGCUGCCUCCCACGCGGGCGGCGGCGGCGGCGGCAGCGGCGGCGCGGACGCCGCGCUCCUGGCCCCGCCCCCUUCGCCGUCCCCCCCGACCCGGGGCCCGGAGCGCUGGCUGGAGGCGCGGGUGGAGGCGCGGGUGGGGGCGGUGGCGGUGUGCGGCUGCCUCAGGCUCCCCGUCGGCGCGGCGCUGGCCCUGCGGCGGCUCCGGCGGCGCUGCCGCUGCUGCUACCUGACCUGCCUGCUGCUGCUGUACCUGACCGAGCUCACCUGCCUGCUGCUGGUCUUCCUGCCCGUGCUGGUGCUGGUCCUGCUCUUCACUCUCGCAGGAACAUAGACUGCAGGUCUUACGCUCCGCCUUUCCCCCUUGUAAUUACCAAAGCAGUGGGCCGCAUUUGGACCGUCUGUUAGAACUGAAAUGCAUUCUUCAGUUCGUUAUUGAAAUCCAUCGCUCUUCAGCUCGUUAUUUUUGAAAUAAAUGUCACUGAAUAAACAUGGCUUCUCUCCACAACUGCACCUGUAGUCUACAUUGGGUUCUGCUCUAUUUCUGACUUUACCUUCGCUGUAAAAACUCACAGACAGAAACGUAACUAGUCAC